AUGCUGAUGGAUUUCCUUUUAAUUGGACUGUAUUUAAAGUGGCCAGUGAAGAAGCCCCCUGGGUUGUUACUGUGUUCAUUGGUCAUUUUUUUAAGACUGUUUCCCAUGGUGGAGGGGGUUUGUCCGAAACUGUGCCGCUGCGACAGCAAGCUGCUGUACUGCGAAGGGUUGAAUCUCACAGACAUUCCCCAAAAUUUGAGCAGCGCCUUGGGCUUGUCAAUGCGAGAGAACAACUUGACUGAACUACGUGAAGGCCAACUGGUCGGGUUGUCACAGCUCACCUGGCUCUACCUUGAUCACAACAACAUUGACAUUGUGGAGGAGGCUGCCUUUGACAAGCUAAGGCGGGUAAAGGAAUUGGACCUGAGCAGCAACCGAAUUGAGAGUCUGCCAAAUGGUACCUUUAGGCCCCUCCCAAACUUGCGCAUCCUGGAUGUCUCAUACAACAGGCUGCAGGCCCUUGAGCCUGACUUGUUUCAUGGCCUUCGAAAGCUUACUAAUCUGCAUUUGCGCUACAACGCUCUCAAAUUUGUGCCAGUACGGAUUUUUCAAGACUGCCGGAGCAUGCAGUUUCUCGACUUGGGAUACAACCAACUGCAAAGUCUGGCAAGGAACUCCUUCGCGGGACUCUUCAAGCUGACAGAGUUGCAUCUUGAGCACAAUGAGCUAGUUAAAGUCAACCUCGCCCAUUUCCCUCGACUAAUCUCUUUACGCACCCUGUAUAUGCACAACAAUCGAGCAACUAUUGUUGUCAAUACCCUGGAAUGGACAUGGCAUUUCUUGGAAAAGAUUGACUUAUCUGCCAAUGAAAUUGAAUACAUCGAGCCACAUGUUUUUGAGGGUGCACCCAACCUCAAGGUGUUGAUGCUAGACUCCAAUCGCUUGACCUCUAUGGACCAACGCAUCCUGGAUUCAUGGUCCUCCCUAAACAGCAUUACCCUGGGAGGGAACGACUGGGAAUGCAGUCGCAACGUUUGUGCCUUGGCCUCUUGGUUGAGUGCCUUUAAAGGGCAACGUGACAAUUCACUACUGUGUUCAAGCCCAGACACUGCACAAGGUGAGGAUGUCUUGGAUGCUGUCUACGCUUUUCAGCUCUGUGACGAUCCCACACUGGAAGUUACCUCAGCAGGUCUGUAUGCCUCUACAAGGGACCUGGUCCAAGGUGGCUCUGUGUUCCUAGGCCCUUUUACCCCCAACCCGUAUGACGGUGAGGGCGGUGAAGUGGUCACCAGUUCUUUCACUGUCACAGUGGGACACGACGACCUGGAGAGCACCAUGCAGAUCCACAAGACUGGCACAAUGGCACUCAUUUUUUCCUUCCUCAUCAUUGUGCUUAUGUUGUAUGUGUCAUGGAAGUGCUUUCCAGCCGGAAUAAGACAAAUGAGGCAGUGUUUCAGCAGUCAGCGUCGUAAACAGAAGCAGAAGCAAAGCAUGCAGCAGAUGGCUACAAUUUCUACACCGGAGUACUAUGUUGACUAUAAGCCUAACCAUAUUGAGGGAGCCCUGGUAAUCAUCAAUGAAUAUGGCUCGUGUACUUGCCAACAGCAACCUUCUCGGGAAUGCGAGGUGUGA